AUGAGUGGAGGAUACACUGACGAGGCAGUCGAAGAGGGACACGACCUCUUCGAGCGAGCCGAAGCUGAGGAGCAGAGAUUGCACCCCAACGACAGCAUGACCCUUCCACCAGGGGCCACGUCGACAAAGAGUGCUGGCUUGGAGAGUCAAGACAAUGCCCCUUCCCAGGCCCAUCAAGACACGAAAAAGUCCAAGCUCGAUAGUGUCAAGGAUGCUUUACACAUGAAGAAAUAG